AUUUCAUCUCUUCUUUCGCUUCUUAUACUCACUCACAUAUCACAUGGCAGAUGUGCAUGUGCACAUAUAUAUAUAGAUGUUCCAAGCGCACCCAAAUCUCAAGAUUUUGCUAAUGGAUUCGCCAGUGCAGGUACGUACUAGGAGCACCCAGCCCUGUGCAGCUUGCCGGAUGCUUCGUCGGAGAUGCGCCACUGAUUGCAUCUUGGCACCAUACUUCCCGAUCGAGGAAUCGGACAACUUCGCCCGCGUACACAAGGUCUUUGGAGCAAGCAAUGUGAUUAAGAUGCUUCAGAUGGUGGAAGAGAGCAGAAGGGAAGAUGCUGUGAAGAGUAUGGUCUAUGAGGCGAAAGCGAGGCUAAGAGACCCAAUUUAUGGAAGCGCCGGCACCGUUUUCUACCUACAGAAGCACGUCAAAGAUCUCGAGAUGCAAUUGCAAUCUAUGGCAGCGCAAGUUCUCGAAUCACAACGGCAGAGAGAUCAGCUGCUGAAAAUUCUAAUGGAUGUUCACAGCGUCAAUCAGAGCUCACCUGUCGACAAUGCAAUUCUUGAUAGAUUCAGUUUCAUGUUAGGCGAUAACUCGAUUUGGUGUGACCCAAAUCAAAUUUCAAUGGAUUGUUUUGGGACGAUGUGAUAAUAUCAGCUCGACGGACCGAAAAGCCGGUCCCGAUGAAUGAGAGAUGAUUGAAAAUUAGGUGAGCUAAAAGGAAAAUGUAAUCCAAUAAUUUUAAUUUUAACUUCUUUUUUUGGUUUUUAUAUAUAAGAAAAAGGAGUAGAAGUAAUGAAAAUUGAAAAUGCUGUCCACGUAUUUUUUUUUUCAAUUUUUAUAAGCAAUAUACUAAUUUUAUAAUGAAA